AUGAGCAAGGCUACUCGUGACGCUCCCGUCAAGAAAAACGCCUUUGUGCACAAGCUAUACUCCAUGUUGAGUGACCCGAAGCUCGUCCAUCUUAUCUGGUGGACCCCGAACGAGGAGAAGAACACCUUUGCUCUUUUCCCGGGGAAGGAGUUUGCAACCGCCCUCACCGGUUAUUUCAAGCAUGGCAACGUGGCGUCUUUUGUUCGUCAGCUCCACAUGUAUGGCUUCCACAAGGUUUCGGACCCGCAAAGCAGUGCAGUUGCCGCAGCCGCCGCCCAUGUGCACGCCACGUCGCAGACCAAUAACUCUACUGAUGUUCCCCCCGUUUGGGAAUUCAAACAUUCAAGUGGUAAAUUUAGAAAAGAUGAUGAAUCUUCUUUGGUAUAUAUUAAGCGAAGAAGUUCUUCAAAUUCUUCUAGGAAUGGCGGAGCGACCGCGAGUUCCGCGGCUCAUCCGAUGGAUCGUCAUCUGAGUGUAGGCAUAGAUUCGGAGCAUAGUCUGUCUCCACAUCCUUAUGAUCAGCAUUAUCAUCUCUACCAGCAGCAGCAGCAUCAGCAGCAGCAGCAACACCUCCAGCAGCAGCAGCAUCAUCUUCAGCAGCAGCAGCAGCACCUCCACCAAAGCCCGCACUCUCACCCGCACGCGCGCCAACAACACCCUCAACAACACCCUCAACAACACCCUCAACAACACCCCCAACAACAACUGAUCCACCAUCCGCAUACACUCCACCACCUCCCCUACGUACAGACCCUACAACCAUUUAUGCAUCAGGGACAGGUUUACUACCCAGUCCAACAGGGCCAGCCACCACCUCCUCCUCCUCCUCCUCCUCCUCCCCACACGCCUCAACCAGGCCAGCCUGGCCAGCCAGGCCCAGCUGCUGCUGCUGCUGCGCCACCACCACCUUUCCAAAACAUGCAUUAUCAACAACCACCACAAUCCUAUUCAUAUGACAUGGUACGGCAACAACAUCCGCAGUCACAACAUUUACAAUCUCCUGGUGGCGCGGGGGUCGCACUAACCGCGCCAAUCGCUACCAAUUCCCAUCCGUCGCUUACUCAUGCCUCAAAUUUCCCAAAAUCUCCAAAAUAUAAUUCAAGACCUCCACACACAGAACUGCAACAUUCUCCUCAUAUCCCCCCACCACAACCGAAUCUUCAAUUCCGGAAGAUUUGGGAUUCGAAUGACGGUCGGUCGGAAGUCAAUAGACCGAGAAAUCCUUCACUUUACGACCCCUUGGCCCCUGUACCCGCAAGUCAUCAGCAACACCAGCAACACCAGCAACACCAACAACACCCCCUUCAUCAACUGGCGGGUCUGCUGGGGUUAGGCUUGCAACCGAUUUCUCCUCGACCAGACACCACAAGAACCACCAGUACCACCAGUACCACCAGUAGUGGAGAGACCAUGGUGAUUUCCGACGCCACCCGGUCGUCAUUAUCGCGCCAAUCAAUCAAACUCCCGCCACCAUCAUCCCUUCAACGGUCGACAUCUUUAAAACUGCCCUUGGUACACCCCAUGAGUCCCUAUGAUGACCUGGCUGCUGCCACCAACACUACCCCUGGCCCUGGCAACCACCCUUCUAAUUCGAACAACAGAUUCACCAUCCCCAAGGCCGGUUCUGGUCCAGCAGCACUCCCCAGCACCAGCACCAGCACCGCGACCGCCACCCUGGGAAAUCCGGGGGCACUGACUUCAUCAAUUCCGGGGUCUCCAGCAAUUCUUCGUAAACCUCUGCUUAUGCCCAUCAACAGUCUGUUCCAUGAAAGAUUGAGACCUUCAUUGAUUGAACUUCAUUUUGGUACCCGUAAGGAGUCUGCAUCAGCCCCAAAUUCCGCCGUCACUCAAGGUUCAACUUCUUCUCAUUUAAAAGAUUCCCUCGGAUCUCAAUCUUCAACUCAUAAUUCGAUCUUUUCCGAGAAGUCGUCAGUGUCAUCAAUUUCUUCAAUGCACAGAACUUCAUCAUUUGGUUCGAUUUCUCAUCAUCCAUCCUUUAAGAAGGAUUCCAUAGUGGGGCCUCAUGACCCUUUACCACCGGUUUUACCACAAUUUUCCCAUCCUCAACCUCAACAUCAACCCCUUGGUCUUGGAUUUUCGCACAAUCUGACCGGAACUGGCCCUGGGGCCGGAACUGGACAUGGCCAUGGUCAUGGCAUUGGUACUGGCCCGGUCGCGCUCGGAGCCACUUCAGGGGGCAAAUCGACGCCUCCGGUAUUGCCCGGGGCCAGGUCUGUACCAAUCCAACUGCCAGUGGCAUUCCCCAACAGACUCCGAUCAUUGACCACAUCUCCACGGUCUAAUGAUACUCUUUCACAGAUUGACGAGGGAGGUUCCUCAUCCUCUGCCACCACUUCGUCUGGUACUGUCCCGACCAUUGGGCAUCCUUCCAAUGGGAACAGUCACUCUCUGGAUGACCCGGGCCACAAGGCUGGUGACCUCCUGUCUGUCACCACUGCUACUGCCACUGCUACUGCCACUGCCACUGCUACCACCACUGCCGAGCUCCCACACAAGGUGUCGGUGAACUCGCUCUUGGACAAUGACACGACUCCGACGCCCACACCCACAGAAUCCAUGGGGGAGGCUGCCGGCAGCAACAAGAGACAAAAGGUCGAUUAG